CGACAGUCAUAAAUAUUGGGGAUUGGGACAGUGGCGUCGCAGUUGCCGUUGUUCCAGCGCGACCAGUUAACAAACAUGGGACGUCCGUCGUUGUUCAUCGUAGCUUCAUUGCUAGCCACAUUGAUGGCUGGCGUUUCUUGCAAGUUUAAGUUACCUGAUUUCCCCGGACUACCACAGCUACCAGAAUUACCGCCAGUUGAAACCGUGAUUCAUCCCGUCCCGGACUAUGGAACUCUGAACGGCACGGUGGAAUCUUCCGUCUACAACAACCGCACGUUUUGGGGCUUUCGCAGUGUCUUCUACGCCGAAAUGCCCACACCUGAGAUGCGAUUCUUACCUCCGUUACCACGAAAACCUUAUCCAGAGGGCGAGAUCGUACAGGCCAUCUACAACAAUGCAGGCUGUGUCCAACAUUUGCCAUUAGGAGACGAGGAUUGCCUUUCCGUCAGCAUUUAUACCCCAUAUCUGACCGACGAUACCACUGACCCCCAAACACUUCUACCUGUCAUUGUUUGGAUUCACGGUGGCUCUUUCAGAUCCGGCCAAGCCGUCGAAUAUCUACCUGGAAGAUUCAUGGAGGAAGACGUCGUCCUCGUUGUCAUUCAGUACCGUUUGGGUCCUCUAGGUUUCCUCUCUUUCGACACUGACGAAGUGCCUGGAAACGCCGGAAUUUUUGACCAGAUCGAAUCCCUUCGUUGGGUCAAUAAGCACAUCAAAUACUUUGGAGGCAACAAGGACUUGGUCACGAUCGCCGGUGAAAGCGCGGGCAGUGCAAGCGUAUCCAUUUUGCUGUUGGCCGAACAAGCCCAGGGACUCUUCCAUCGUGCCAUCGGAGAGAGUGGCUCUGUCCUGGCCGAAUGGGCUGUGGACCGUGACGGAAGAGGAAAGAAGGCUUCCAUGAGAGUGGCCGAAAUCGCCGGAUGUCCUCUUGAACCUUACGAAGAUUUGCUCAAUUGUGUCCGUAACAUCGAUGCUCAAGAAUUGAUUGACGCUUACGGACAAUUCCGCGAUGAAGAUCUGAAAAACGGAGGCAUGGGUUUCGGUGCCUCGAAUCCUGUCAUGCAAAUCGCAGGGGCGCAACGCAUACUCGAAGUUGAGCCCAGGAAGCAGUUUGAAACCGGAAAUUACAACAACGUACCAAUCAUGUUUGGUGCCAACAAGCACGAAGGAGUGCUUGUUUUUUCAUACGCCUGGAAGGAUUACAUGAUGCCCAACAAUAUGACCACUAAUGCCACCUUUUUGGAGAACGACCUCGUUCCAAAUAUUUUGAAGUCACUCCACAUUCGAGAUGAUACUGGAGUGUUGGCCGAUGCCUUAGUGGACAAAUACCUGGGAGAUGCAGACAUGGGAGAUUUCACUUCAAUGACUCCAGGACUUACGGACAUGCUGGGUGUUUUGUUCCUGAAAUCGGCCGGCUACGAAACUGUUCGUCUUCACUCCUUGCACAAUGAACAUUCGUAUUGGUACUCGUUUAACUACGAGGGAAGAAACAGUUUGUUCAUUUACCUGUUUGCCUCCAACCCUCCGAACUACCCACCCGUUGACCAUGGUGUCGAUCACGCUGACGAAAUGAUUUACCUGUUCAUCUAUCCAUUCCCAUCUGAUCCUCCAUUUUUGGAUGAGCGAGAGAAAGACCUAUCGCUGAAAAUGAUCCAAGUUUGGACAAACUUCGCUAUUUACGGUAAUCCAACGCCUGAUGAGGUUGAGCUAUUGCCUGGCCUUCCGAAAUUCUUGCCCUACAGCCGAGACAUGGAAUCGUACAUGGAUAUCGACUGCGAAUGGCAGUCGAAAAUUGACUACACCAAAACGUAUACUAUUUCCGUUGACGACAUCAAGGCUGGACACAUUCCUUGCAGAUGUGCUGGAGAAGAUGCUGACGUCUGUUUCCGAUGAAAAGCUUGCCACCCAAGAAACCAUUGUUUAUCAACACCUAUUGCUUCCCAGUUCCCAAUGCAAGACCCCAACUUUCCUAACUAAACCUUGACGAAAUAAUACACAAUAGGUUUCUGUAUUGCACGGAUGCAUCCAUACACUAUCGAGUGAAAUAAAGAGUGACUCGAUGAUACAACGAAGCAGAAU